CCCUUUUCUCUCCCACUCUAUAAGCUUGCAUAAAAUGGAUAAUAUUCAGACCAACGAUGACAUUGUGAGAGGAACUAAUGAUGAUGCUACAGUUAGCCGAUUAUCUGCUGCUUCACUCAACUAUAUACAGGAUCCUUUUGUCCAGUUCUUUGUCAAAAAGCCUAUUCGUCGCUCACCUAUUAUCAAUAGAGGUACCUUUAUUCGUUGUUUUGCCUUAGACUCGAUAGUAUCACAAUUCCUUGCCCUACCAGGUCCUAAAAAACAGAUUGUUGCUUUAGGUGCAGGAUUCGAUACAAGAUACUUUAAUAUUAAGGCUGGUCAUCUAGGCGAGACACUCUUUGAUCGUUUGGAACGAUAUUACGAGGUUGAUUUCCCUGAGAUUACCAUGAAGAAAGCCAUGUCAAUCAAAAGACGCAAACAACUCGACACACUUGUUGAUCAUACAGAAAUAGAGCGUGGAGGCAUGGAUUUUAAAAGUGAUCACUACUGUCUACUUGGUGGUGACUUACGAGACUGGCAAGAUGUCUCUAAAAGACUGAUAAAAGCUGGCCUUAAUGUUGAAUUGCCUACCUUGUUUCUGUCUGAAUGUGUCUUUAUCUAUUUAUCACCUAGUGAUUCCAGCCAUAUUCUACAAUGGAUUACAGAUCAUAUGAAAAAUGCCAUGUUUGCUUUGUACGAGCAAAUCAAGCCAGACGAUGCUUUUGGCAAAAUGAUGAUACGGAACCUAAAGAGUCGAGAUAUUGAUCUGAAAGGCAUACACGCCUUUCCUGACUUGAUACAUCAAGAAAAACGAUUUAAAGAUCUUGGUUGGCAGAGUGCCAAAGCAGUGGAUAUCAAUACUAUUCAUGAUACUUGUCUCAAUCAAUCAGAAAUAACAAGAAUAGCCAAAUUAGAGAUUCUAGACGAACUUGAAGAAUGGCGCCUUUUAUCGGCUCAUUACUGUGUUGCAUGGGCAAUUCAUUCAGUUGAUUAUGAAAGCGAGUUUAGUCACAUUGGACUUCAAUUGUCUCCUUAACCACUCUAAGAUGUAGUACUAAAUUUAAAAUUCAACAUUCAUCGUUUACUUAAUAAAAAAAAAAAAGGAGGAGGGGGGAGAGAUAGAACCAUUUUUUCUUUUGCAG